AUGGGAUGCGUUCGCCUUCCGGCGUUGCGCCGCGGUGCGCGGCGGCUGAGGAUUGCGUCCCAGGCGGUUGGCAGCGAAGUGGAUGAGAUGACCAAGGCAGAGAAGCGUUGGGAAAGCCAGGUGAAGCAAGGCAAGGUUCGCAACGUCACUUGCAAAGGGGCGGGAAAACUGUUGGCAGAGGACGAGGAUUGGGUUCUCUUGGACGUUCGGCCGCCCAAGGAAGUCAAGGCGGCCAAAGUGAAAGACAGUGUGACCGUGCCCCUGUUUGUGCCUGACAAGGACAUGUCGCUGCCAAGCCUCAUGAAGCAGAUGUCUGCUUUUGGCAUGGGGGGAUGGUGGCUGGGUACUACGCACAUGGUGCCCAACGAGAGGUUCAUAUCGGAAGUGCGCGCAAAAAUACCAAAAAAUAGCAAGGUUAUUGUUGCGUGCCAGAAAGGGCUGAGGUCACUUGCUGCUUGUGAACAGAUGGCUUUAAAUGGUUACACCACACUUGCCUGGAUAAAUGGUGGCUUUGACACUGCCAAGCAAGGGGAUUUGGCCUUGGAAGGUGCCAAGGACAUCCGGUAUGCUGGCAUUGGUGGUGUUUCUGCUCUGCUGGGCUGGACAGAAGUGCAGCAGCAGGACAAGGAAGAGGCUGGAGAUCGCUUGGGAAACAUAAUUAGAAUAGCGGCCAUCAUUUUGGUUCUGGACUUGCUUGUCCUUGGGUAUGAGCAGUUCUCCUACAUGACAGGAGGAAAUUGA